AUGACUGCAAAGUUUCAGAAAGUUAGUGAUGAGAAUCGAGAAAGAGCGUUAAAUCCUCAACAUCCCUAUAGAAAGUCACGUUUAGGGUGUGCUCGUCUUGAAGCUGAUAUGGUAGAAGAGUCAGAAGUUGGUGAGAUAAACCGUAGUCAAGUGUGGAAGGCUGCCCGCGUCAAUAAGAGCGGGGUGAUUGAUAAUGAGAAUGUUCAAAGAGUUGUGGAUCAAUGUGAGAAGUUAACAGAAGCUCUAUCUGAAGAAGAGAGACAAGACCUUGGUCCCACAAACAUAUUAUUUGAGGCUCUUAAUCUCCCAAACUACUCUGGACGUGUUAGGACUUAUGGUUUUGGGGUAUGUUCUAGGGACAUAUUACCACGCCAAAAUCGCCCCACACAAAUGGAUUUUGAAAAAUUGUAUGGCUUUUGUAAUUCACUCAAAAGUAGAUUGGAGGUGCUAGAGAGAGAAAAGAUUGAGAGAGAUAAGUUGGAUAGAGAGAAGCUAGAGAGGCAACAAACUGAAGAAGUGGAAGAAAGGCAACAACCUAAACAAGUGUCAGAGAGGUUGCAACAACCUGAAAAAGUGGCACAGAGGCAACACCUUGAACAAGUGGUAGAAAGGAAACAACCAGAAAAAGUAGCUGAGAGUCGACUACCUAGUGAUAAAGGUUCUUGCAACCCUGGAUCAUUUGGCAACAUUCCCGAGGGUCUCUUUCCUGUUAAUAUAUAUUUAUCCUCCCCGAGUCGUUGUUUGGUUGCUCGUGGAAAACUAUAUAACACCAAAGGUAACACGGUAUAUGGCAUGACGUUACCACCUGGAUAUGUCAAGGUUAAUAUCGAAGUUGCUAUUGUGCCAAAUGCCCCAUUGCCUAUAUCUGUUGAAGAUGGAGAUGUAUCCAUGGUUGGUCAAGCAAUAGGAACAAUUGUGCCAUGGCCAACGAAACUUCUUGAAUUUGUUGCUGAAUGUGAAAAGGAAAACAAGAAGCAAUUAUUUUGCCUAAUUAGUGAUUGUAUCUAUGAGUUCAACGCUUUUGGAUCAUGA